AUGCCUGGGCCUAGCCAUGCUAUUCUCGAGUGUAGCAAGGAUAUCAGGGAAGGGGGAAAAGACGAUAUGACUUCCACAGCCACUACUUCAUGGGGGAUGAAUCAAUUCGAAGGAAUCGAACAAAAGGAUUCCACGCUUGUCCCACAUGCACUAUCUUCCCGGAUGUCGUUUACUCCGCUUCCUGCUUAUAAAUCAGAAGGCCGGAACGCGGGCGUAACGGCGGGAGACCGCAUGAUUCUUAGCAAUAGUAACGGCGCCUGUGUUUCACUGGGGCCGGCCAAGAAGGGCGAGACGAAAUGCGGACUGAUUGUGCGACUUCAGGUGGCUGACAGGCCAGGCCAUCCAUCAAUACCCACACGUUCUUGGUCACAGGGGACCAUCAUAUCAGCUGGUCCCCACAAAGUUACGAGCCUGCACUCGAAAUCUAAAGGAAUACUGGCAUGA